CUUUACCUUCGACACCACGAUUCACGCACUCACAGUACCGCAUCCUUCACGCAGACACUGCCCCGACAGAUUUAGUAUUCUCACUACAGCCGCCCUUGGAUUCAUAGAAGUCGAAACGAGUUUCUAUCUUUUGAACAGAUCUCGAAAUAUCAUCCACAAAGACAUCCAAACGCAAUUGAACCUGAUCAAGCCAGAACUCACUUCUGCCUACUCGAUCCCAUCCUGAUCAACAUCUGACAACCAUUACUUCCUCGAAACAAGCCUCGGCAUUUCCCUCACGACCCAAAACACCUCGACGCCAUGUCUCGCAUACAGAUCCCUCUCGACCUCCUCACGUCGCGUUUGAAUCUUUCUGAUAGGUUCGCCGGUGUACGAUCCCAAUCACUGGCAGCAAGAUUCUCCAACCUCAAGCCUCUCUCCGAGUUCCUCGACCUGAAGAGACUGUCGAAGCCCGCGAAUUUCGGCGAAGUUCAAUCACGCGUGAACUACAACCUCGGUCAUUUCUCCAGCAACUAUGCCGUGGUCUUUGUUAUGCUCAGCAUCUACAGCUUGAUCACAAACCCUCUUCUCCUCUUCGUCAUUGUGCUCGUCGUUGGCGGCAUGUGGGGUAUCGGCAAGCUGGAUGGAAGGGAUCUCGAUAUCGGCGUAUUCCGCGCUACUUCGUCACAACUCUACACUGGUCUUCUCAUCGUCUCGGUACCUCUCGGUAUCUUUGCAUCUCCCAUCUCAACAAUCCUCUGGCUCAUUGGCGCGAGCGGAGUGAGUAUCUUGGGACAUGCCUCGUUUAUGGACAAACCGAUCGAUGAGGCUUUUUCCGGGGAGGCGGUCUAGAUGGUCGGCCGCGAUCUCCCAAAUUUGUGCCCUUAUGGGGAAGACCACCGGGGCCGAAGGGGAGUAAGAGGCGGAGGAGGUGGGAGCGGGAGCGGGCGGCUUGGGAAGGAGCACGCGUUGAAGAGCUUGAUAGCGACGAUACAGAUACACAAGGCGUUGGGCUGAAUUUUGAGAAAAAACGAUAUACUAACGAGUCAAUUCAUUUCACGGGGGUAGAUUUGCCCUCUACAUA